UUUGAAUUCACGUUAUUCAAAUUAUAGGAGUACAUCUAGGUCAUCAAGUGUUAUUUUUUGUGAUCUUAUAAACACUACUUGAUAUAUGAAAGUACACCCUAUGCUCGGUUUUCGUCUGAUUGCAUUCCUGAUAUUUUCUGCUUUGGUUUAUUGCGAAAAUUUUGAUGAAGAACUUCUCAUCAAAGAUCUUGGUCAUGGAUAUACAGCAUUCCAUUUCAAUUUCGCCGCUACAACUUCAGAGUCUGUUUUUCAUUCAAAGCACUAUAACAUUCUUCCAAAACCCAUCAUUCAAAUCCUAAAAAAAUAUGAUGUGGAUGAAUUUCACCUUUCUAUAUCAAGAGGGAUAUGGGAUGAACGUUGGGGUAGUAACUUUAUUUCAGUUUCCCCUUCUGGAGCUGAACUAUGGGCAUGGUUUGGAAGUCAAACUACCAGUGUUGAUCAAUCAUGGUUUAAAUUAACACAUGCUCUUUCGGGAUUAUUCUGUGCUUCUUUAAACCGACUAUCUACAAAUGAACAUUUUGCCUCUCCGAUCCACUCUUACAAGCCAUCUGGAGUACCGAAAUUCAGUAGAGUUUCUAGGGAAGUCAGAUAUUCUCAGCUACCUGGUGAGGCUUUGUGCAGUGAGAAUUUGACUCCAUGGACUAAGUACUUACCAUGUAAAUCAUUUUCCGGUUUGGGAAGCUUGUUGCGUUCAACUUCACUGUUUAAGUCAAAUUACAACACCAUGACUAUUGGAGUUAGACGAGUGUGUUUGGAUCUAGAAUGUCACGAAAUCGGGCUAGAGCUGAUGGAAACUCUGACGGUUGUCUUUGACAGAAGUUUGUUGUUUGCGAAAAGAACGUUGAUAUACAACCUCCUAUGUUUUCAUUUCGUGUCUGGCUAUCCACUAUCCAUAUUACCUUACGAUUUGCAGAUUUUUUCAAACGAAACGACCGAAAUGUUUUGUUCAUUCCGAGAGUGUUCUCUAUCUAACAAAGCAUCUCACAGUCAAACUCCUUGGUCUAUCAGAAGUAUCCUUGGUUCGGAAUUCAAAGGAUUUUGCGAUGCAGCAAACACUAGUCGCGUGUUCAUCCUUACUUCAUAUGAAGAUAUGAAUAUCCCUUUAGAUAAUAAACUGAAAGUCGACUGUUUGGAUAAUCGUGUUCUAGCUGCGUAUUCGACAAAAGAUCUGUCUACACAAUUCAUAUCUUUUCCUUUCAAAACUAGUGGGAAAGAGUCCUCUCCAGAACAUUCACCUCUUGUUUCAGCUACCAAACAUAUAACUGGUUCUGGAAGUGUAAGGGGUGGAGUCAAAGCUUUCCUGACUAGUAGAGCUGAUUUCAACUUAAAGAUAGUUUAUUUUGAUCUAAUUCCGUGGUACACACAAGUUUUUUUCAGUUCCUUAAAAAUCUACGGUUUGGAUCCCAAAACACAAAACAAAACAGUGAUUACCCCAAACUGGUUGGCAGUUAAACCAAGCUUGGCUAGGAAACGUAUAGGCAGUAUUGAAUUAGUAAUCACCUUGCCUGCUCUUAAUCAGCUAAUCAUUACUUAUGAGUUUCGGAAAGUUUUACAACGCUGGAAUGAAUUUCCUCCUGACGCCAAUCAUGGCUUUUUCCUUCCUGCAGCAACUGUUUCUUAUGUUUUAAACAGCGAACAAAUAGAUUAUUUAAACAAAACAAAACAUACAGCGUCCCACAAUCUGAAUCUCCCGAAUUGGGCCAGUAGUUACAAUCAGUUUUUCAAUACAACUCAUUCUGCACCUCAUGAUGGUUUUGUUCGUCUACACACUCCUGUAUCUCUGGUCACAAUGCCAACACCAGAUUUCAGUAUGCCAUUUAAUGUUUUGUGUUUGGUCUGUUCAGUCGUUGCUGUUGUGUUUGGGUCCGUUCACAAGGCUACGACUACUGUUUUCAACGUUACUCUUCAACAGAAUGCCAGCGACUCAAUAAUAACACAUCUAAUAAACCGCAUCUUAACGAAGAAGAAUACUUCAAAGACAAUGAGUGAACAGAAUAUAUCAACGAGUGCUCCAAGCAAUCACGAUAAAAAUGACUGAUUUCGUUAAGAAUAAUCAUAUGCUUAAGGAUCAGAACCGUGAUACACAUAUUUUGUAUUUGACGUCGUUUUUGUAAUAAAAUCAUAGAAACU